CUUUGUUUUUUCUUUCUGAAAAUUAUGCCGGACUCCAUAGACACAGGGAUGCAAGUGUUGAGUCACGUGACAUUCCUGAGGCGACCACCCCGUCUCCUGUGAAUAGCCUCGCUCCUGCCUUUUUCUGCAACGGGCCUUCCUUUCCGCCUUCCCAGGUUUGUUUCAUGCAGCUGUUACCCAGUGGCUUAGCUGAGGAUCCCCGGAAGAGCCCUGGACUAUCGAACCAGGAAGGAAUGGCCCCAGGUUCUAGCUGGAGCUCUUCACACAGCCUUUACGACCAGGCCUCCGUCGGGAGCAUGGUUCCUUACCCAGGAGUGAUGUGCAUGGUGACCUCCCCAGUGGCAGGCUCCGCAGCAAUCCCCUAUGACUGUGUACAGAGUGAUGACUCGUAUGGUCCCUGCGUGGUUUUCUUUAAUCAGCCAGAUACGAGCGACAAGGAGGGCUUGGGUGAUUCGCCAGCAACCAGCAACGCUGCCUUUCUCAAGACAAGCGCCAUCAACCCUUUCCUCUCUCCGAGUGCCUCUGGACAGGAUGACGAAGACGGCGAAAAGACAGGCGUCAUCGGUCCGGAUGGCUGCUGGUAUCCUCUUCCCAAGAACGUUGGGGAUACUUUUGGGUUCGAGGUUGCUUCCAAGGAGGAGGUUGCGGGGGACAUGUGUGAAGAAGAACAAGAGGAAGACGAUGAGUCCGAUGCAUUCAUGAGAUCUCGGUCUGUCAACAAAAAGCAAUCUCAGCAUAGGUCACCACUGCAUCUCCCAAUCUACAACUGUUUUCAUCACCUGAACCUUCCUGAAGAUUUCUUAGGACGCCCUGUCCUGCUGCCAACCCGACGUACCAAAAGCCAUCUGUAAGUUUAAGCUGUGUAGAUGCCUUGUUUCAGUGCGAUUAUAGAUUGUGAUCAAUUUAUUUUAAAUCGGCUUUGAUAUCUUAUCAGAAAAUAAUAUCCAAGUCCUAAGAACAUUCGAUUUCUGUAUCUUUUAAUUGCUAUUAUAGUGUGAUUUGUUGAAUGAUUGACAUUUCUUUUCUCACAAAC